AUGGCGUCGGGGUUCGGCCACAGCGGACUUCCAAAAGCAGAGCAAACCUGUUGGGAGAUUAAGGCCACGGCCGCGGACAUCUCAAAGCUCACUGUAGCGCAGCUCAAGGCGAUCUGCAAGGAGAGAAAGAUCGCAGGAUACUCGAAGCUCGGCAAGCCAGCCCUCAUCCAGAAACUUGCAGAUAAUGGAUACUCGCAGAGCGACGCACCUUCCGUCGCGCCAAAUAUCCCGCAGGCUGCUUCAAGUUCUGCGUCGGACCUUCCUCAGGUUACUCCUACUGAGACUGUAUCUGCCACCGCCCCGGCCACCUCUGCUCCCGCUGCACCCUCAGCUUUUUCUGUUGAUAUUGCUUCAUCUGACAAGGCUGGUCAUGUCUCUGGGGGCGCUACUCCCACUGCGAAGGCUUCCGCUCCGAAGGCUAAGUCGAAGCCUCGGAAAACUGCUGCUGCUAAAUCUGCUGCCCAAGCAAAGCCUGCCACUGCGACCUCAAACGUGACUGGUACCACUCUAUCACAAGUUGCUCCUCCUCCUUCUCUACCUCAAGGCGCUGUCUUCGUUGACUUGCCUCUGACUGGGAACUCUCUCGUCAAAGGCUCCACUUCUGGGACCACUGAUGCUCCGGCGGUGAAGAGUAGCCUAACGAAGGGGAAGAAGAGGGUGCAGCGGCCUGCCGAAGGGGAAAUGCCGCCGCCCCCGCCCAAGAAACCACGCAUACAGCCACCCUUUCCGUCUCCCAGAACAGCUGCGGUGGCCUCGCGUACCCAGGUGGCUGCCCAGAGCACAGUCCUCCCGCGUCGCUCAUCCAAUGCUGGCGAUGUAUCUGCACCCAUCAGGCCGGCCUGCACGAACGCCCACCCAUCUAUUCCGGCGAAACCUAGCCCAGUACCCACUGCUCCCGCAAAGCGGUUCAAACCGCUCGUCGUAGGUACCGCUAAACCGCCUGCUGCUCGUAUCACAUCUGCUAGUGCGACCCCGCCGACGAAACCUACUACAACCCCCAAGCCGAAGGAUACGCAUCGCUCGCUGGAAUACCUUGACUUCCCUAUUGUGCUUGAUGAGCUGCCGACUCUGCAUGCGAUCACCUUGCCUCCUCCACUGGCGCAGCGGAAGCGCGUGGCUUGUUGGGCAGUAAUCUUGAGCGGCCUAUCUGGCGAAGAGAGGGCUGUAUGCGCUCUUGUCUCGCGUACUUUUAGAUACGCAGUAUACCUUUCAGCUUCGUCUAUGCUCGCGAAAGAUUAUCGCGGCCGACGGCUGCAAGACGACGUGCUGAAGAGGUAUUCGCAGGCGAUGACGAACAUGUGGCCCUACCUCCGCGUUCGGAAGGCCGAGGUCGUCGCGCGGCGACGCAUAUACGAGGCCUCCUUCGUGCCGCGGCUCCUCGAACGUUAUGGCCUGGCCGAUCCUAUAAGCAAACAUCUAUGGGCAAGCCCGGACAAUCCGAAACAAAUAGUCGUCGCAGUCAGAUUUGCGCUUACUCGUGCGUGGUUCGAGCUAUCUGUCGGGAUCUCCAGCGGCGCGAAGGACGACCCGUCUUCCUGGCUGCAUGCGACCAUCAUAGACGUGCAAGAAGUCGUUCAGGAAGAAAUAUGGUCGGUGACGCUCGAGGAACCCCAAAAACGGAAGCGGGAGACACUCUUCGUCCUUGAGGCGACGUGUGAAGUCGUCGGUCGGCCGAUGGGCGUGAAGAGCGACGACGGCGCUGUUCCCCUCCCGGUUCGCGCGGAUUGGUCCGCAUACAUCGCUAACCGCAGCGGGCCUUCCUCCGGAGGGGAUUCUCUACUUUCACACCUCAAGUGGUCUUGUCCCGAAGAAUUCGACCGUGGCCUCAGCACGUUGUGGCUCAAGAGAGUCGCCGGGGAGGGAGCGCUUGGCGUUGCGAAGCGGACAGUCGCAGAACGUUAUGUGUUGGCCUGUGUAGUGGGAAACAGCAUCUCUGGGACGUGGCAGUCGACGAGCGAGAUGGUGCAGGAUUUCGCGGGGCUUCCUGCCCGCGGCGCUGCCCCUGUGCCGCUGAAGACUAGGGCCCCGGCAUUAAAUUUAUACCUUCCAGAGCACCACCACGUCGAAAGCGUUCACUUCACGUCGUCGGGUGGGAAUGGUUUGCACCCGGCCUUGGCAACCGUGCAGACGCCCCACAGAGAAUAUUACAUCCUUCGCGACAACGGGAUGCAGGUCGGUUGCGAGGAGGAUGGAGUUGCGGCCGUGUGGCAGGAGGUGCUCGGCUGCGACCAUCGUGGGGUACCCACGUAA